GGGAGGAGGAAGCUGAGGCUGGAAGGAGCAGCAACAUCCAGCCAGUGAGGAGUGACGUGCUGAGGGUUUGAGAAGCAGCACUUUCUCACACGGACCCUUUUUCCCUCUAAAUGUCCUGGAAGCAGACAGAGAAACAAAGUGUCCCACAGAUCGAUAUUUUGUUUUCAGGGGCGUUAUCUGUGAGUGUGAAGUGUUUUUUUUCCUACAUGAUGCCACGUUGAGAUGACGCCUGUGAUGACCUGAGCAGCCGCAGUGAUCCUCCGGACUCUGCAGGGAGCGGACUCCGACUAAACUUCUCUCGUCUUUCACUCCACUUUCCUCUGGAUUCCUUCCUCUGCCGGGUCCUGUCUCCACUUCCCCGGGACCGUCCCCCGGGCCGUCCCCAUGCCGCUGGACUGACCGGGCCGCCCCGGAGGAAUGGCAUCGGCCGUGUUCGAAGGCACGUCGCUGGUCAACAUGUUCGUCCGGGACUGCUGGGUCAACGGGAUCCGCAGACUCAUCAUCAGCCAGCGGGGCGAGGAAGAGGAGUUCUUCGAGAUCCGGACCGAGUGGUCGGACCGGAACAUUUUAUACUUGCACCGCAGUUACUCCGACCUGGGCCGGCUCUUCAAGAGACUGCUGGAGUCCUUCCCCGAGGACACGAGGGACCUGUCCAACUGUCCACUCAUAGAAGGGCUGGUAAAGAUCAAGGACGCGAAUGACAUCGAAGAGAAGCUGAAUGAGGUGGAAGGAUUACUGAAGAACGCCAUCAACAUGCCAUGCAAGUAUUCCAGGUCAGAGGUGAUGUUGACGUUCUUCGAGCGGUCACCACUUGACCAAGUGCUGAGGAAUGACAAAGUCCACAGAAUCCAGCCGUGCUUUCAGAGUCCGAUCAAGAUAUCAGAAAUCAUGCGGUCGAAUGGAUUCUGUCUGGCCAACACGGAAACCAUCGUAUUUGAUCACAGUAUCCCUGAGGAGAAGGAGAGGCCUUCGUCCACCGACUCUGUGGAGCAUACGUACGAGGACGGAACAGAGUUUUUGCCAAUGGAAUCAGACCUGUGUGAUGAGGAAUCAGAAGCGUAUGUCACCAACCUUUCCUACUAUCAUCUGGUCCCGUUCGAGACUGACAUCCUGGAAUGAGGAUUUUACACGACAGACAAUGGACGGUUGAUGUUGACAUUGAGGAAUUCAUACUCUUAAAUGGAUCCAAGCUAUGCAGUGCCGCACAUAGCUGCUCCAGUUAAUGCUGCUUCAAGAUUUAUCGCCCAUUUCGGAGUCGGGCAGGUGCCCAACAUGCACCGAGACAUUGAGAUAAUGUGAUGUCACCAGUGUGCCUCGUCCACAGCCUUACCUGAGUGUUAAACCAGAUCAAAACAAGAUGGAAAUACAAAUCUUGAGACUAUGGAAGGUGUUCAUCAUGUGAUGGAACCUGUGGAGGCCAAAGUUGAUGUCCUCAGGUCCCAUGACCACUUUAAGAGAACUGAAUUUUUAUACACCAGUGACCACGAGGGCGAGAACUCCACAUCAAAUUGACGUUAUCGGACCAUCGACUGUUACUUUUCUGAAUUUACCAGCUCUCCUCCUUUUUCUACAUCUUCCAUAUUCGGAUAUAGUAUUUGCGAGGAGAUCUGCAAAGCAUCUGCCUCCUCUCCUUCAAACUGCUUUGCACAGUGUUACCACUCUGCCGUUUGAUUUGCUGUGGGAAGACAGGAAGCUGUCAUGAAGCUCUGUGUAUCAUCUUUGUUUAUGGUUCCACCAGCAUUUAGGACGUUUUUUUUUAUGUACCAGCUUAAAACUCUUUUUCUUUUGUUGCCGUAAUCUGCAGUAGAUUGUUUGACAUGAGAGUUUCCCUAGAUCCAGGUGAAACAAGGCAAAAAAUAGCUACCUCUAAGCACAAUAUAUAGAAUUUAUGGCAAUUUAGCCAUCUAGAUUUAAGAUAAAACUAAUUUUAAGGACUUAAAUCUGCAAAAAUGAAAUGUAUAGCUUGAACUAUAGAUUUUUCAGGAUUCUUCAAGAACAAUUGUUAAGAGGACGCAAUAACUGAUGAUGGGAACAAGGGCUUAGUUGUGCCAAAAGCCAGAGUGUGGUGCUAGAGUUCAGACAUCGCCCUAAGAUGGACACCAGCAUGACGGCCGAGCUGAACGAGAUGGGUCUGACAUCGGGAGAAGGCCCAACAGGAAGCCCAGGACAGACCCCGAUGGAAGCAGAUCUUCUUCUGCCCCUCAAGGGACGACGAGGACAUAAUGAUAAUAAUAAUAAAUAAUAGUUUUUUCAUAGCUGUAUUUGCUUGCCUCUGUUUCACUCGGUUCUUUGGUUACUGUCAAGUUAAAGAACAUGAAAUAAAUAUGAAGUGCCAUUAUUAUUUUCUUACAACACACUCUUUCCAAAGUGAGAACUUAAUUCUGCCUUUUUUUUUACGUUGCCGAGAGUUUUUAGAGACGUUUUCUCAGAAUAAUAAAAUAUAAAUAUGUGUUCACAGUGUCGCAUGUAACGUCGCUUAUUUUGUUGUUUAUAGUCCAAUAUUUUCAUGUAUCGGAGGAUGUGUGUCUUGCCUUUAGGUGGACAACUGAAUCAUCUCUGUUGCCGUCUGGUGAAAUGGGGCAAAGAGCGCUUUGUUUUCUGGGUCAGUUGAGGUCGUAUGUGACCCGCUCUGCAAGAUGACGUGAGUGGGCUCCAGCAGACAUCUGACUGUGGGAGUCUGCAGCUCGUUCUGCGAGCGGGGAACAAGUCCUCCCUUUUUCUAAAGACAAACAACCUUGCUGUACUUUCUAUAGGAGUGUUUUCACUUGUGUAACUGAAACUGUGGAGCCCGGCGGAGCAUCACAGGGGAUUUGAAUGCAGCUGAAAUGUACAAAUUAAAUUUUUUGUGGAGUGUAAAGUGUAUGGAAGCCCAUCGACAUUCAUUGUGUUGUCGGUGCAGAAGUCAUUGUGGCCGUACAAUACAGGCUCACAGCUUGAGUCCAGUUUUCCACCCUUCUAAACACAAAGGCAUUCAACCCUCACAGUCUUGGCACGCAGGACACACAGGACGGUCCUCGGCGUGAGUCUAUUUUGUAACACAGUCAUGAUCACAACUCGCCCCGUGAGAAAGUCCAGCUCUUUCUCAGGGUGUGAAACUAUUUCAUGCUCUUUUUUUUUUUGUUCUGUCUUUUCUCCAAGAACGACUUCUUGAAUGGAUAGAUAUUCUUUAAAAAAAAUAAAGGUUUCAUCUUACACAAAGUAUUGAUGAAGAUGAUUCAGUAACAAGAAACUGUAUUUGUUUAGAUUUUCAUACCAAGGUCACAGUUUCUCUGCUGAUUGAUGUUUCCUAUAAAGAUCAGAGAAUAAUAACACUCCUCCCUCUGCAGUCAGUGUAAUAUAAAUAUUCUUUCACAGUUUCCAUGAAGUUAUGAUAAAAUGGUACUCAGCUGACAGGGAUGAGUACCAGGAUGCUCCAGUUUCAGCAGUUUUAAUGAAUAUUUUUUAAGACAUUUAUUUUCUAAACUCCAGCCACACUCUGUGAAGCCACCGUUCUAUGUGUCUUAUGUUUUAAUGUUUGACGAGAGAUGUUCUGAUUUGUCAAUGUUUCAAAAAGACUGAUUGAAGAUAAUGUUUAUUAUAAGAUGAAGUAGCCACUUGUUUAGUAACUUAAAUUUUUUAUUAAGACUAUUAGAUACAGAUUAUUAUUCUCAAAGCUUCUCGGAACAAAUGAAUAUGUUUUCAAUAAAUUGUGAAAUUAUGAAA